CACGUGAUUGUCUUUGCAUUAUCUAAAUGUGUGUUCAUGACCCUCAUCAACAGUCUCUUCACUUUAGUUUAUCCACAACACAACUUCACUUUUACUUACAAAUUACAAUACCUUCUGUAAUUUGGCUACCAAUUUGAAUCGUCAUGUCGAUCCUCCAAAAACCAGAUGACAUCAGAAUCCUCCAAAAACCAGAUGACAUCAGAAUCCUCCAAAAACUAGAUCAGUUUAGAAUUCCAUUUGAAGAUAUAAAACAGGCAACCAACAAUUUUGGUCCUGAAAAUGUCAUCGGACUGGGUGGUUACGGGAUGGUGUACAUGGGAGAGCUUAUACACAAACACUCAAGAACGCCUAUCAAGAUUGCAGCAAAGCGGGUUGAUCGGAGAUUUAACCAUGGAGUAACCCAUUUCUUAAAUGAGAUCAAAGUGCUUUCUUCAUACAAACAUGUAAAUAUCGUCUCCUUUAUUGGCUUCUGUGAUGAACAUGAUGAGAAGAUCCUUGUUGAGAAGUUCGUUGCAUACGGAAGCCUGGAUAACUAUCUAAGUAGUGCAAAGCUGAAUUGGAUGAAUCGCAUCCAAAUUUGCCUUGGUGCAGCUCAUGGGUUGAAUUAUCUUCACAAUGGUCUUGAAGGCCAUAGUGUUCUUCACCGUGACAUUAGGAGCAGAACCAUUCUAUUAGACACAAAUUGGCAACCAAAGAUAGGUGGUUUGGGCCUCUCCAUGAUGGAUCCUAUGCUUCAGAUCAUUAGUGAUGGUUUUGGUGCAAAUGGGUAUGUGGAUCCGAUGUUCUUGAAAACUGGGAUUAUAACAAAAGAAUCAGAUGUAUACUCCUUUGGGGUGGUGUUGUUUGAAGUCUUAUGUGGAAGAUUAGUAUAUGAGACAAGUGAAGAUGAGAAACAAUUUCUGGGUCCAUUGGCUUGUGAGCGCUAUGAGGAGGGGAAAUUGAAUGAGAUCAUAGAUCCCAUUCUAAGGGAACAGAUGAACCUGGAUUCCUUAGAGGCUUUUUCAGCUAUUGCAUAUCAAUGUGUGGCAAACAGUCGAUGGCAACGCCCAUCAAUGAUUCAAAUUGUGCAAAAACUUGAACAAGUCUUGAGACUUCAACAGGAAUUUGAGAAUGCAUUGGCUCUUCAACAAGUUGCACAAAGUUUGAAAGGAAAACCAGAAGACGAAGAUUGCUACAAGGUGAAAAACUUGGAACACAUGAAAAUUCCAUUAGAACAGAUAAAGUUAGCAACUCGUGAUUUUCAUGAUGAUUUUCUAAUAGGACGUGGUGGAUAUGGGAAAGUGUAUAAAGCAGAUCUCUUCCAUUUUGAUGUACAAAAAUACAUCAAAGAAAACAAUAAGAUCAUUGAGAUUCUUGAUCCUAAGUUAAAGAAAGAAUUUGAAAAAGGUUCUUCUUCCACUUUUGAUGACGAAAUCUGUCCGGAUUCAGUAGUUAUAUUUGCAAUAAUUGCAUAUAAAUGCUUGCAAGAAAAUCGAGAUGAUCGCCCAUCAAUGCCUGAAGUGGUGGAAGAACUUGAAAAAGCAUUAAAAUCUCAUGUAAAAGGGGUGGAGAGGCUAAGAACUUCUCUUGAUGCAAUUAGAUUUGCUACAAAUGACUUUAGUGAUGUAACGGAGCAAGGAGUACAUCACACUGUGCUAGAGGAACGUCCAACAAUGGCUGAGGUUGUAAAAGAACUUGAGAAAGCCUUCGAAUGUCAAGAUGAGUGGGAAUGGGAGCAAAAGCUGCCUAGAGAUUAUGAGAAAAUAAUCCAUGUGUCCAAUUAUCUGGUAUCAAAUAUAAGCUCCAAGAAGGAUCUCCAUUCCCUCCUUUCUUCAGGAAUUCUCAUUCCCAAUGAAAAACUGUGGUUUUCAAUAAGCAUGGAUGGAGUGAAAAAUGUAGUGAUCUCAGCGACAAAGUUUUCUUACAAAAAUGUGAAGUGGAGAUCUAUACGAAAAUCAAGGUUUGCAAAGGUUGCAAAGAUACCAGAUCUCUCAAAUCUCAACAUCCGAAUCAACAUAAAAACUCAAUUUUUAACCCCUGGGGUCAUGUAUAGAGCUUACCUAGUGUUCAAGUUUUGUGAUCGAAGAAAGAGUGGAAAACUGGAAGCAAUUGGCUUACAAUUGAACUGCAUAGAGUUUCAGGCCAUUCACCAUGUGGAUACUAAUAGUAAUGAAGAAUUAAAUUAUGAAAGAAACAUAGGACCCUUGAAACCAAUGUCAAACAUGGAUUUGGUUGAACAAAUGACAAUUGAUUAUUGUCAAGAAAUAAUCAACCGGUCUGAAAACAAUAUCCGAAGCUCCUCCAAAGAGGAGCUCCACAACCUUCUUUUCAAAGGAAUUCUUAUUGACAAGGGUGAAAAGAUAUUUUCACUAAGCAAAGAGAACCGGAAGAAAUGCCAUAUGCUACCCGCAAAAGCUGUUAUAUAUGACCAUUCAGAUGUGAAGUCCUACAAAAUAAAACUUGAAGCCCAAUUCAGGUGCAGAUUUGGAGAAUAUGUUGAGAUUCUCUCUUGCCAUGAAUUACAUAUCAAAUGUGACAUUGAAACACAAAUGCUCUCAUCAGAUACGGCCUAUGCUUGUUUCCUUGUGUUCAAGCUUUCAGAAAAUUGUGGUGGGCUCAAAUGUCCAGUGAAAGCAAGGGAUUUACUACCUUACAAAAAGGAAAGAACCAAAAUUAUUUCUUUCAGAUCCCCAAACAUAGUGGACUUGGAUAAAAUUAAAUGGAUUCCAAAACAGAGGGAAGAUGGGUGGAUGGAGGUCAUAGUGUGGGAAACCAUCUCUGAUGAUUCUGAUUCUAUUCCUAUGGAUUUGAAACUCAUAAGUUUUGAAGGUACCAUGGCUGGUCUCAUGGUUUGUGGCAUUGAGUUUCGUCCAAUAUAGAACACAAUUUAUGUAACAACAUUUUUUUAUUCAUUUCUUACUAUUACUAUUGUAUCAACCAACACUCUAAUUGCUCUAAUUGUGCAUGGGUCUUUAAGAGAUCA